AUGAGGUUUUUUGAUCUUUUAACCUGGGCCGCUGUCGGUUUCCCUGGUGAAGUACUCCAGGGCCUUCCCUCCCGUCACCCCCACUCUCCCGGCGAUCACGGUCCUCCUUCGUCGGGCUUGGUGCACGUCGCUCCCCCACCAUCCCCCCUACUCCCCGGGAGCUUCUCCGGGGUGUCCCACGGGAGCCCUCCGGGGUGUCUCGGGGGGCAGCUCCCCGGGGGUCCUCGGCAGGCCUCCUCCCGGGGGGUCCUCGGGGGCAGCUCCCCCGGGAAGGGCCUCGGCAGGCAGUUCCCCCCGGGGGUCCCCGGGAGGCAGCCCUCCUAUGUCCCCCGGCAGGCGUCCUCCCGGGAAGUCCUCGGAGGCAGCUCCUCGGAUAUCCCGGCAGGCACUCCUCGGCUAUCCUCGGCAGGCAGCCCCCCCGGCAUUCCUCGGCAGGCAGCUCCCGGCAUAUCCUCGGCGGGAGCUCCUCCCGGGAAUCCUCGGGAGGCAGCUCCUCCGGCAAAAUCCCGGCAGGGGCUCCUCCCGGGAAGUCUUCGGGAGGGAGUCCCCGGCAAGUCCUCGCGCAGUCCUCCCGGGAAGUCCCCGGCAGGCGCCCCCGGCAAUCCUCGCGGAGUCCCCCGGUUAUCCCGGCAGGCACUCCCGGAUACCUCGGCAGGGGAGCCCCCCGGCAUAUCCUCGGCGCAGCUCCUCCGGGAAACCCCGCAGGGGCUCCUCCGGCAAACCUCGGCAGGCAGUCCUCCCGGGAAUCCCGGCAGGCCCCUCCGGGCAUUCUCGGCAGGCAGCCCUCCGGCAAAUCUUCGGCAGGGAGUCCCCGGCAAAUCCUCGGAGGCGCCCUCCGGAAGUCCCCGGGCAGCUCCCCCGCAUAUCCUCGGAGGCAGCCCCCGGGAUAUCCCCGGCAGGCAGCUCCUCCGGUAA